AAUUAACUUAUUGUGGUUGGCAACGACGUGUCUUUUUGAAUUUUUAUUCAAGAUUUUCAUUUUCAACAUUUGAAAUUUGUGCAAUGGAAGUUUACGAAUUUGAUAAAUGUUUGCUUGACCGCUUGGAAGAGUCUAUGAGUGUUUUAUCUUGGAAAGAUGAAGUUAUACCCGCUUCACAAGUUCGGUCCGAGUGGUCAUAUUAUAUUGAACUUCAGAUUGAACCAGCAGGUUGGCAAGGACUGUGGAAGAUUCCUCGAGUGAUAUGCGAAGAAUUAUGUAUUAGAUAUCCAACUGUGGUUUUUGGUUACGUUGAGCAAGUUAUUUUCAAGGAUUUAAAGGCUAUAUUCAUUAUACAAGCUGUUCAGGAUGAAGACGUUCACUUGCCGGAAAAACACGAAGUUUUCUUGGAGGAUCUAUGGCCUACGAAAGAGCAAGAAAACUCCGAAUUGAACAUAGAACGAACUGCUGAUUGUGUUGAUCGUUUAAGGUUUUUCUAUACUCAUGUUUGGAUGCCGUGGGACAACGAUAAUGACGACGACCUUAAUUGGGUAGAAAAACAUUUGGAGACACGUAUUCGAUUUUGCUAUGACUUGCGUAAACGAACAAUGAAAAAAACAUUGGCGGCACAUAUACGGAAAUUGCUUACAGAAUCCAAAUAUUUACAACAACGACGAGAAUAUCUUGAAUUAGGACUUACAGACGAAGACGAAGGGGACCCGGAAGAAACUAUGAGUAAAACAGAAGUAACUGAUUUAAUGAGGUUGCAUUUGCGCCUGGCUAUGAUUCGUAAUGAAAUUGAAUUAUUGGAAAACCCGGAAAUGAGAAGAAUUUUUCAAGAAAUAAAAUUUCCAGAAGAAAAAUAUUUCAUUGACAAUGAGCAAAAUGACAUAUCUAGCGAAAGAAAACUUGGACGAAUUUAUUUCGUAAUGAUGCCAUGUACACUUGAUCAACAAAUAUAUUUUAUGCAAAUUGCCAAGAAAAGCAUUCCAAAAGACGCUUUGGUUCAACACGUUCCUACAUUACAGGAAAUUUUAAGCACCUGUAGUAAAUAUGACUGUAUUUAUCUUUCACCUGGACGUCAUACUGUAAAAUUUUUGGAAAAUAUGGCCGAUUGCGGUAGAAUUUGUGGUCUUACUACGGAUAAAGAGAAGGUCACAAGCUCAUCGGCUUACUUCACUAAUGAAAAUGUUUCAAUAACGUCAUCAGAUGAAGAAAGCGUUCUCUUUGUUUUCGAAAGAUCAUUUACUAUUGAAAACGUGGUUUUAGAUUGUCGCAACGUACAAACGGGAAUUUUAGUAAAAAGUGGUACAUUGCGCCUACGUAAUUGCAUUUUGAUUGGCAAUGGGAAAACGAGUACUCAGCAGGGCAUUAUUUGUCAUAAAGGAACAUCUGUUAUUCUUGAUAAGUGCAUCGUAGAACGAUUUGCAACAGGUGUAACAGUGUUGAAUGAGGCAUUAUUACAGUUACAAAAUUCAAAUAUAUUGAGUUGUAAAAUUGGAAUAGAUUUGAACGCUCACUCAAAGUGCCACUUUGAUAAUUCUAAAAUCAUUAACUCUUUUAAUAAUGCAAUAUAUGUGUCAACAGUGUUCAAACCGCAAACCAUCAAAACCAAAUAUACAAUAUUAAACAAUUUGAAAGAGUGGGAAAGAUACUUUGACACAAUUGCACCAUUCCAUGGAGAAUGCGAAUUUAAAGGUUGUAAAGCCAAUGUCUUUGUCCAAAAUAUAUGCAAUAUGCUUAUUUCAAGAGAAACAUUGAAUGUUUUAAGAGCUAACGGAAGCCCUAUUAGUAAGGAUCAUACGGCAAAUCUGGAAGAUGCCAUCAAGUCAUAUUAGAACAAUGACACUAAUAUUAAAUCUACCUACUUUUUAAUCGACACAAAUUAUAAUUAUAGUUAAUAUUUAAUAAAUAUUUGCCUUAACUCUUAUUUACAUCAAAAUAUUACAUUUUUGUAAAAUUUAAUCUGCACGAGAGAAUUAUUUAUACGAACAUACACUUGCGCAAAAAAUAAUAGUUGUGCACAGAUUUUACUUAAUAAUUUUAAAGUGUUUGUAUGUAAAACAA